AUGAAACGAUCAGCCCCUACGCCGGCUGGUUCUGUCUCUCCACCGCUCAUCAAACGCAAAAUUGAAUCGGCUACUACCAGCAAGGCUGUGGCCAGUUUCUUCAAGCCAGCCUCACAAAAAGAACCGGAGAAGCUCAUAUGGCGGACCGUUGACCACAGUCUCAUCAUCGGCCGCUACGAUGUGCCCCAGAAACCGACCCAACCACGCACACUUCCUGUCAAAAUUGCGGCUUUCGAUCUGGACGAUACCCUCGUGGCUCCCAAUACCGGGAACAAAUGGGCGAGAUCUGCCGUGAGCUGGAAAUGGUGGGACCCAUCAAUCCCUGGCCGGUUGAAAUCUCUUCAUGAUGAUGGCUAUCUCGUCGUCAUUCUCAGCAACCAGUCAGCAAUCAGCUUGAAGGAUAAUUCCAAGACGCUGAAAAAGGACAUGGCUAGCCUUGCAAACUUCAAAAAUCAGGCCAGUUCAAUUCUGAAACAGCUCGACUUGCCAAUCAGUAUCUACGCCGCAACAGGCCAGGACCGAUACCGCAAGCCUCGAGUCGGUAUGUGGGAGGAGAUGUUGGAAGACUACGAUCUCCAGGCCGAGGGCGCUGUGGACAUGGCAAACUCGUUCUAUGUGGGUGAUGCUGCCGGAAGAGAAAAGACCGACAAGAGACGAAAGGAUCAUGCAACGUCGGACAGGGAUCUUGCGGCGAACAUCGGCAUCAAGUUUUUCACACCAGAAGAAUUCUUUCUCGGCGAGACCACUGAACCCUAUGAGCAUGUCUUUAACCCGUCAAAGCUUCUUGAACCGGCAAAGCCUUCUGAUUCUACAAUGAAUGGCGCAGGGGAGAACACGGUAUCCGCACCGUUCACGAAGAACAGCCCCCACGAGUUGGUGAUUUUUUGUGGCUCACCCGGCGCUGGCAAAAGCACUUUCUAUUGGAACGUUCUCCAACCCCUUGGCUAUGAGAGAGUCAAUCAAGAUAUCCUCAAAACGCGCGAGAAAUGCAUCAAGAAGGCAAAGGAGCUCUUGGAGGCAGGGCUAUCCGUGGCAGUUGACAACACAAACGCAGACAUUGAAACCCGGGCGUACUGGGUAAAAGUCGCCCGUGAAUUUAAUGUCCCUAUCCGCUGUGUCCGCUUCACAGCCUCGACUCGCCUUGCAGAGCAUAACGAUGCUGUGAGGGCAAUGAAUCCAAAUACGAUGAAUCCUGAAAAGCGGACCCAACUUCCUGGUAUCGCGUUUCGGUCCUUUAUUCAGAGAUUCCAAGAACCCAGUCUCGAAGAGGGCUUCGAAGAUAUCUAUAAGGUCGACUUUGAGUUUAAGGGGACUGAGGAACAGAAAAAGCUUUGGUCAAGAUACUGGGUGUCAAAGUUUUCGACUUGA